AUGUCGGAACAAAACAUUGAACAAUUUCUCGCCAAAGAGACGAAUAUACACCUUAAAGAAGGUUCUUGUUACCCUAAAACAAAAAAUUCCAGGAUUAGAAAACAUUUUAGGGAGUACUCGAUCAAUCGUACGUAUGACCCAGUUGACGCAAACGAACACAAAAUCGAAAUACCAUUUUAUGUAGCCGCUGCCUUGGAGAAAAGAAAACUAGCAAAAAUGGAAAGGCCCAAGUUUUUGGAAAUGGAAAUUAUUAACGCGUUGAAAGUUAAUCCGUUGUACGUAAAUCUGCGUAGAAUUUGCCCACAAUUUUAUACUUUUGCCAUAAAAUAUCUUGAAUUGCAUGAGGAUGCCGAGUUAAUCGAAGUACUCAUGAAGAGCAAAAAAAUACGAAGCCUGGAGAUUUAUGAUCGAGCAAAAAGAUUUUACGAGGAUCAUAAAGAUUUUAUCGAGAAACUGGAUGACGGAGAACUUAAAAUGUUUGAAAAGCAAAGAGCGGUGUGUGAAGAAAGCUACGUAGAUUACACAAGGGACUACUUGUUAAAGCAAACUACCCCUUCUCUGAAGUGGCUAAACAAUUUUCUGGACCCAGAAAUGACUCCUCGAGCGAGCUUGUAUGUGAACCUCGGUUAUGACCCCCAAAAUUCACACAGCCUUCAAAAAGGGUUACCUAUGCUGACACAUAUAACCAUACUUGUGAAAGUUAUUUAA